AUGCAAGGGAAGCCGCGGCUGACGCUCACCUGGGACGAAAUAGCGGAAUGGCAGAGAGACAACGAAUAUAUCCUGACGGGAUAUAGAAGGGCUACUGCAAGCUGGCGGGCAUGCACGGUCUCGGUUUUUGGAUACUUGCACAACGAGACAGUCAACAUCCACACCCAUCUCGGAGGGGCCGUACUCUUCGUGACUUUCCUCUUCACCUUCCAACAGGUCUACUUCGUGCACUACGAGUCUACCACAUGGGCCGAUAUCACAGUGUUCACGAUAUUCUUGUGCUCGGCUAUUUUUUGCCUCACAGGUAGCGCCUUCUUCCACACCUUCAGCGCGCAUUCGCACCCCGUCGCCUCUCGAUGCAAUGCCCUGGAUUACGCAGGAAUCGUCGUCCUCACCGUCGGGUCGUUCUUUCCUUCCAUAUACUACGCCUUUUUCUGCGAACCUCGGGCUGCAUACAUCGUGCUCAACCCGGAAUAUCGCAAGCCCACUCGCCGCGGCGCACGGACGCGUGUCUUCAUCCUCCUAGGCUUGUGUGGUGUCAUUCCCACUCUGCAUGGCCUUCUCGUGCACGGAUACCACACGCUGUGCGUGGAGAUGGGAUUCAACUACCUUCUCCUGUCUGGCGGGUGUUAUAUUUUCGGCGCCCUAUUGUAUGCGAAUCGAAUCCCGGAACGGUUCUCGCCUGGGACAUUCGACUUCUUCUUUUCGUCCCACCAAAUCUUCCACUGUUUCGUCGUCGCCGCGGCGCUGGCUCACUACGCAUCCAUUCUCACUGCAUUCGACCACUGGCACCACAGGGUUACAGGAUGUCCGGCAUGA